AUGGCAUCUGAACAAGAAACCUUAAUAGCUCAAAACGAAGAAGCUUAUAGAGCUGCGAUGGCUGCAUUGGCAAGGUCUCACGAAUGGGGAGAGUUGUAUUCAGAUGAAUUUGUAAGAUCAUAUGUUGGUUCUGACGAAGACCCAACCUGGAACAUCAAAGUUGAAGGUCCUCUUAACAAGCCAGCUCAAGUAGCGCUUGAGUAUUUUGAAGGACACUGGAACCAGUUCCAAGAAGAACUAUCCAAAUUUCUGAUAAUUUUUCCUCAGUUUAUUUUGUUUUAAAAUUUCUUAUAAAUACAUGGUAAAAUAAUAUAGCAGGUAUCGUGAAGAAAAGUGAAAUUCAAAAAGUUUACCCGGAUGGAUCCAAACUGUGUCAUGAAGAAUUAAAUUUCACUCAAGGAAGCCAACAUCUCUGGGGCUACCAUACAAGAAAAGCAGAAGCUGAUGGAAUUGUGGAAGAAGUCAUAUCUGAUGCUUAUCUUCCAGAAUUGCCGAGUGAGCGAGCAUUUAGAUUGAAUUUCUUAUUAGUCCAAUUUAUCCCAAUUGAUGACCAUAGUAGUCAAUUAAGGGCUAUUAUUGCAAUAACACCUCCAGUCGCUGUUCCAGCUGAUAAAAGAAGAGAACUUAGUAUCUUGCGUGCUGUUUUCUAUAGCAGAAUCGUACAACAAGUCAGGUUAGUUAUAUAA